AUAUUGAACACUUUAUAAUUAAUCAUGAUUGUGGGACAACAUUACGGAUAGUUUGGAAAGAAGAAUCUGUGUUUUGUGGGGAAAAUGGGACGCAAUAUUUUAUUUUUCGCUGUGAUCUUGUUCUUAUUUGACCAACCUUCGUUUCAAGUUGAUAUCGAUUCAUCCGCUCUUAGCGAAGUUUUGAAAAACUUUAUCCGGGUUAAAGGCAUGAAGAUGGAUGAAUACAACUACUGGUACGCCCCUGUUUCAUUCACCGACUGCCACAACAAUUGCGUCACCGAAACUCGGAUAUUUUGUCGAAGUUUUAGUUACAGUCCUGAAGCAGAAGCUUGUUCAACGUACGAGAAAGCACGUGACACAGCGCCAUCUGUGUUCUACAACGAACCUGGCACGUUGGUGGACGAUCCGUACGCUGACGUCGAAUGGAAUUAUUUCGAAAGGAAGUCUGAGAAAUAUAAAUCAAUGGAAAAACAGGUGGAUCGCCUCAAAAACUUGACAGAAAUAAGCAUUGAUGACGCAAACAAUAUACUGACGUCACUAGCGGACAUGGUGCAGCCGAACAAUGAGACGAGUGAUGACGAAACAAUGACCAUUCUCCCAAGCGAAUUAGAAAUAGCGGGAACGUCGUUACAGGUUCGAGAUAUAAUUAUCUGGGAGCUAUUUAUAAUUAAUACCAAGCUUUUU